UCCUUAUGAUAGUUUCCACUCUUCAAGUCUCUACCAUUCAACGAGGUUGCCCUCGGGCGCACCUCCAUUAACAGUGAAUGGUCUGUACCAGUCGUCCACAGAUUCCGCUCCGAGUGGAUAUGUUCCGUCUGCACCUUUCUACCCUGCGAGUGGCAACUGGGGAGUCCCUCCCGCGGGCGGCUAUCCCUACGAUCCGGCGGGGUUGGCCUAUACACCCUAUGGAGACCGCUAUUCGUCAACAAUGGAUUCGGUCGCCAGAAGGAAGAACGCCACCCGUGAAACAACGAAUACAUUGAAAGCGUGGCUCUACGAGCAUCGGAAAAAUCCCUACCCGACGAAAGGCGAGAAAAUCAUGUUAGCUAUCAUAACCAAGAUGACCCUCACACAAGUUUCGACAUGGUUCGCGAAUGCACGGAGACGGCUGAAGAAAGAAAACAAGAUGACGUGGGAACCGCGCAAUAGACCUGCGGAGGAGGAGGAUAAGACUCGGACAAACGAUGAAGAUGACGAAGACGACGAUGACGUGGGUCCUCAGUCUGACGAACGCGAUAGAGCCCCGAACCAGAUCAGCAACAAGAACGGUGUGACUCGAACGCCGUAUCCCACCUCCGCUUCGUCCCGUUACGAGUCAUCGAACGCGGAUCUUUCACGUGAGCCCACGGAUGCGCACAGUCUCCCGAAAUACGCGGAGAAGUAUCACAACAGCUCGCCAGAGGUGACGCAGAAGUACCUCUCACCUGAAAAGUACCAUUGUGUUCCCACACAUCCGGACACCAGUCGAAGUCCUUUCCACGGCGGGCAUAUGUUCGGUUCGUCGACGAGUCCCAAACCCAAAAUCUGGUCACUAGCACAGACAGCAGCUCAAAGCGAGCUCCUCGAAGCCAGCAGGUACUACGGCGGCGAUGGUUCGUACUUUGGGCCGACCGAUUCCUUCAUACCCCAAUCGAAAUAUCACGCUAGCAGCGGGAAUGAGGUGACUCACAAAUACCACAGUCCGUCCCAGCAACAGGGCCAGUGGUCUCCGGCCGGACAAGCGUUGAAUCUCGCGGCACCCGACGAGCGCAAAAGUCCAUACGAUACCGAAUACAGAGCUCAGUCGAUGUAA